AUGGGUCAAGGACAGGAAGUCAAGACCCGGAAUGAUUCCCAGGUCGACAUUCAGGAAAGAGGGGAGAUAUUCUUCUUCCAUAGGCCCAAGGUAGAGAGAGAGGCAGCUCACAGCGCCGACGACGUGCAGCGCCUUUACAUGGUCCUCCGUCCCGAGUCCGGCGAGAGGCCCGUACAGGAAAAGCAAGACCCCAAAAGGCUACUGUCCAAAGUGACCACAGCAGCCAGAUCGUCACCUCGCGAAGCAUCACAUGCCCUUAGGAAAUGCCGAACGCAGGAAGUGAACAUCGAGAAGCUGGCACUGCUGAGGCUCAUAGUGAUGGGGAAGAAGAAUCUUCCGGACCCAACCAAACGGAGCCUACCUUACUUGGGAUUUGCGGAGAUGGUCACCACCAACAUCGAUGAUGUCAAGUCGGCUCUUAAAGCAGAGGAGUACGACACUUCCACGAGGGGACACCGCGACACGGCUGUGGCCAGAGCGGUUGGGAGAGGGCGUGUAGUGUACCGCAUAGUUAGACACAAAUCCAGCGGGAAGAAAGCGCACACGCAUCUCAUAUACAGGCUGGAAUUCCCUCCGGAAGAGGAGAAGCAGGAGCCCCAGGAGUCGCCGAACGUCCGCAGAGAAGGAUCCUUCCUCAUCCAGAUCAAGAACCCCGAGCAGCAGCAGCAGCAGCACGGCAAGCGCAAGGCGGUGUUCCCUGCCCACCUGCACCUGCAGGGGGUUCAGUUCGGUCAGCUGAGGUACAGCCCGGCAGACCCACCGGACUUCCUGAGCAACGAAGGGUGCGAGUUGCCGCUGAUAUCGGCAUCGGACGACAUAGAGGAGGAGCUGGGGAUGGAGCUCGUAGCAGGAGGAGAGGGCGAUCUCUCCUGUUCCGAUCUGCUCAAGACGUUCGGGGGGAUGGAUGCCCUCCCCAGGGGCACCUGGGUCAAUCUGAAAAUUCGUUCCCGGGAACACAGUUGGACCCGUGACUCGGGGGGGCAACUGCGGUUGUUGGGUUGCGUUUCCUGUGUAUAUUUGGGCCCCUAA